CACCCCCAGACAGACCACAACGAUAACGUCCGCACAAAACAAUUUGGAAAACCCCAUUACAACACACUGUAUAGGUCAACGAGUCGUGAACCAGAGGUAACCUUUGUAUGGUCUCUAGCAACCGGAAGAAGCAUUUAAUGUGCUCGGUUUCACAAUCCAAUGGCCAAAUGUGUAAACAUGAAAUGAGGUGCAGGAAACAGCUUCGUACAGUCUGACAACGAAGGACUUCUCCGUCACGGCAAGAUGUCAAGUUUGGUGGAGCUGAAGGACAGUGGCGGUGCCAGUAUGUCUGUGAAUCGGUAUGAAGACUGCUACUUCUACCGAGGGAGCCUGCCCAUACCCUUUGAUGAGCAUAUGCGUAGAGUGAAGGAGAUGAAGCUCACUUCAGAGGAUGUGCUAUUGUGUAGCUACCCCAAGUCAGGUACCCAUAGUUUGUGGGAAGUGGUAUCAUCCAUUGUGCAUGGUGACAUGGCGUCCAAGGAAAGUGUCUCCGAUGUGGACAUGUUAGACUUCACGUCCAUGAAACUACUGGACAGAACCCCGUCACCAAGAAUUCUGGGCUGUCACUUCCGUUUCCGGUUCCUUCCAAACGAGGUUCUCACUAAGAAGCCCAAGGUCAUCUACCUCCAGCGUAGCCCCAAGUCAGUCGCUGUAUCCUACUACACGAUGACCUACGGCAUGAAGACAGUCCGCAGCUAUGAGGGCCAUGUUCCUGUCAAGUUGUACCACGGUACAUGGGACGAUUAUUUGGAGUCCUUUCUUGAGGGCGAAGUGGAAUAUGGAUCCUGGUUCGACCAUGUACUGGACUGGGAACAGGCAAGGGCAGAUAAUCCCGAUUUGUCAAUAUUUCUACUGCAGUAUGAAGACAUGAAAAAGGAUCCCGUCUCAUCGAUUCAAAAGAUGUCGGAGUAUUUAGGAAAGGCGUGUGACGUUGACACCGCCACCAACAUUGCACAGAUAUGCAAGUUUAGCACACAGCCACCAAAACGACCGCUGUCAGCAAUAGUCCUUGCAGGUGAUGGCAAGACAAUAAGAAAAGGUCGAGCAGGUGACUGGACGCACUGGCUGACUGUGGCGCAAAAUGACCAGUUUGAUAAGGUAUACAAGAUGAAGAUGGCGAAGAGCAGCUUUCUGAAUCACUACAAUUGAACUGCCUUUUAUAUUUCCGAAUCUACUGCGGAAGUGCUGCGUGGUGUCCAUGCUGUCGAAAGUUUGUUAUUGGUGCUGCACUGAAUCAUUGACACUGCCAAUA